CCAGGGAAUGACCAAGAAAAGGACACCGCCACUCCCCUGUUCUCCCUCCCGUUCUUCUAUUUAUUUUAAUAACUUUAAAACUUCUCUACCUUUUUGGAUUCCGCCUCUCCAUUCACCCAUUUGGCCUCUUAUCAUUUCUAAUCUUCUCCAUUCUCUCUUUUCUUGUUAUUAUAACAACACUGAGUUGCAGAUUUCCCCUAUACCUCCCCCCCCCACACACUCCCUCUCUCUCAUUUGAGGAGCCAAGGAGGAAGAGAAAAGUUAGUCUUCAAAGAAAGAAUCUGCAGCUUUCUUCCCUCUCACCUUUUCCUUCUCAACAACACCACUUCUCUCUUUUAGAGGUUUGUAUCAGAAUAUGUCUUGAAUCUUCUUUGAAUCAAGAAAGCAAAGAAAACUGAAAGAAAAUGACAGCGAUCUCUUCGCCCACUCUAUUACUCUUCCUUCUCUCUGCUUCUCUACUGACCGUCCGGGCCUCCGCCGAACUCUCCCCCGAUGCCUACUCCGACGAGAAGCAGCCGCUGGACCCGGGGGAGUUCUCCUCCGCCGCACCCAAUACCGUCCCCGCGUUUCCCGUCGUCCAGGCCGAGAACCAGACCUGCCGGCUCGACCUCUCCGACGAGCUCUUCGGCGGCGUCGGCGAGGCCUGCGGCCGCUCCCUCGAUCGCAGCCGCUGCUGCCCGGUGCUCGCUGCUUGGCUCUUCGCCGCCCACGCCCGGUCGGCGCUGGAGGUCCGUCCCCCGCCGACGGCGACGGCGGAUAUGGCGGACGGACCGCUGAUGCCGGACGACAACCAGAAGUGCGUGGACUCGCUGCAGAGCUCGCUGGAGCGGCGGGACAUCCGCCUGCCGCGGCCCAACGCCACGUGCGACACCGUGCUCUGCUUCUGCGGCAUCCGGCUCCACCAGAUUGGGUCGCUCCGCUGCCCGGCGGCGUUCAACGUUAGCGGUGGGGCGGGUGGCGCAGCCCGGAACGCCACCCCGACGGCGGCGGUCCGGGAGCUGGAGCGCAACUGCCGCAACGCCUCCUACGCCGGCUGCACUCGCUGUCUGCACUCCCUCGAGAAGCUGAAGGGUCACGAAGGAGGAGCCGGCGAUCGGGCGGCGAGGAUGUUCGGGCGGGACUGCCAGCUGAUGGGGCUGACGUGGCUUCUGGCGAAGAACAAGACGGCCUACAUCCCCACGGUGUCCGCUGUUCUGCGCGCCGUACUGUACAGCGCCCAUCCCCCGAGCCACGAUGGGGACGGCAACUACAAGUGCAGCCCCGACCAGGAGAACAUGCCCCUCGCCGUCGAUUCCCUCCAGUUCCAAAAGCUCGACUCUUCCACCGCCUCUUCCCCUUCUGCCCUCCUCCUUCCCUUCUUUUCCCUUCCCGCCCUCCUCGUCCUCAUCUCUCUCGUGACCCGUUUUUGACUUGAGGCAUGUGAGUGAAAACGACAAAAGGCCUGUCCUUUUUCGUCCUUUUGCGCCCGCUGUAAAUUUUCUGGUUCCCACUAUCUAGUCUACAAUUAAUAUUUAAUACAUGAUAUCUACAAUAUAAAUUACUACUGAUUCAUGUCUUUA